GAAAUACCUGGUUUAAAGGCAGUGGCGCGUUGUUCAGAUGCUAUUUUAAGGGCGCAUGCAUACAUGCGCAUGCGAUGCAUACGGAUUGCUUGUGCACCUCGCGCAUACACUUUGCUUCUCUCAUGUACACGGACAGCAGUUCCCAUUUUUGCAAACCAUACAUAAUUACAAGGACAAUAAAAUAUUACCACACAAGGAAAAUCAUUGUGGUGUCCAUAAAGAUAAAAUAAAUAGGCAUAAAUCUAGCGUACACAUUUACCCAAAUUAUUCACGCGAAUUGUAGCAGGCGUAAUGACGGAUCAAAUUAACCUGGUUGACCAAUAGUGGCAAGAGACACAUGUAUAUAAGGAAUGGACACCUGUCAAAGUGGGUUGUCCGUCAAGAAUCAGGAACCACAAUUCUGAAGACUGCGAAAUCACCUUCUGUAAGUCCAUUUAAAACCUUACUCUGCAACUUACCAGUUAAGUUGAGGUUACACAUAAUUUUUCUAUUGCACAGUGGAAUGGAAUACGUCUUGGGACAGAGGAUCAGACGCCAAAGGGAGAGGGUCUACCGGCCCAGACACACCUAUCUCUCCCUGAGUGAGGAGGAAUGCAGGCGUAAGCUACGCCUGACCCGUCAGGCUGUCACCAACAUCUGUCAUCUCCUGGCAGAUGAGCUGGGGACUGAUGCACGCUGUCCCUAUGCCCUCCCCGUUGCAGUGAAAAUUACAGCGGCACUGCAUUUCUAUGCAUCUGGGUCGUUCCAGCAUCCCCUUAGUUGUAUUGGACGCAUUUCACAAUCGGCAGUAAGUUCGGCUAUACAUGCAGUUACGUCAGGUCUAGUCCAACAUGCUGGGGAAUACAUAAAAUUCCCCGUUACACCUGACAUCCAGGAAAGAACUAAGCAGGAGUUUUGGACCAAGUAUGGGUUCCCUGGCGUCCUUGGUGCUAUAGACUGCACCCAUGUGCAGCUACGUGCCCCAUCACUAAACGCACUCACAUACAUAAACCGGAAGGGAACUCAUUCAAUUAACAUCCAAAUAAUUUCCGAUGCUAAUUUUCGAAUAAAUCAUGUCUUUGCCAAUUACCCUGGCUCAAGCCAUGACUCCUUCAUAUUGGCAAACUCGACCAUUCCUGCCAUAUUCGAGGGGAAUCCUCCCUUGGAUGGGUGGCUGUUGGGGGACAACGGCUAUCCGUUGAAGACAUGGCUCAUGACCCCAUUUCUUAUGCCAGCAACAGUGCGCGAAAUGGCAUUCAACAGGAAACACACACAAACACGUAGUGUAAUUGAACGUACUUUCAGGAUUCUGAAAAUGCGCUUCAGGUGUUUGGAUAGGUCAGGUGGUACUUUACAUUAUGGUCCUCAAAAAGUCGCAGCAUUCUUUGUGGCAUGUUGUGUUUUACACAACAUUGCCAUGAAUCAUGGAUGUGUCGAUGACAUUAAUGAGGAUAGAUUAGAGGACUUAAUGAGACAUGAUGCUGAACUGCAUGUGCUGAUGCCAUUACGUCCAAAUGCCCCAGCAGCAGCACGGGAGAGGAGAGCUCAUCUGUCAGAGGAGCUGCAUCGUAUAUAGUGAGGCCUUUUACGCGGCCUGCCUCGGCGGGAUCCAACAAAUGAGGGUCCGGGAGUUGCGACGCUGGAUGUGGUCCUGCAGGAGCGGGUGGACGGAGAUGGAAUGGGGGGAGGAAGGGGCACAACAGGGGGAGGAAGGGGCACAACAGGGGGAGGAAGGGGCACAACAGGGGGAGGAGGUGGGUCGUUUGGGGGCCAUGCACGUUCCAUUGCUGUCGCAAUCCGGUCCAAACUUGAGGCGAUGCGCCCGAGAGGCCGCAGCAACAUCGCCACCCGGUCCAGACGGGUGUUGGUGUUUCGCCGCAUCCCGGCCAGCUCCCGCUCCUGCAUGUCGAACCCGGUUUGCUGGAGCUGCAGGAACGGGUGGUCCUGCGGUCUCAUGCUGCUGCUGCUUCCACGGUGUCUUGCUUGAGGGCGCCGCGCGCCUCCUCAGCUGCCCCGUGUGCGCUGGUCCCGAGGCCAGGGUCUUCUUCCUGAGAAGCUACGUGACAUUGUUUUGAUUUAUUUUAUGGCUGUGUUACAUUUAUUAAAUGUCAAAAAUUA